AUGGAUUAUUGGACCUCCAAUUGGAUGGCGCAGUUUUCAUUUGCAAAGCAAUCCACCUGCACAAGCCAAGCCGAUUGGCUAUCUACUUGUGAUGAUGAGAACCAGAUCUUUUCAGAUCCACUGUAUCAGGCCCAAAAGUGGGCCUUUGAUUUGCUGAACGUGGAGCCGGUGUGGAAACAAGGCAUUCUUGGCCGUGGUGUCAUGAUAAGGGUCAACGAUCCUGAUGGUGUAGAUGUUACCCAUCCGGAACUAGCCGAUCGGUUUGAUGAAGCUGCGAGUUGUAAAGGGAACUAUUGGACCUACGACAAUCAAAACGUACACGGCACUGGUGUUGCGACCCUGGCGUUGGGAAGCAGAAACAACGGCAAGUGUGCUGUAGGCGUGGCACCUGAGGCCUCUCUGAGUGCAUGUGUCGGGCCAACUGCAAUAUCAGAUGAGAGUCCUGCUAGGUUCUUUCUGGACGGACUGGAGACCACCCACAUUUCGGUCAACUCCUGGGGUUUUGAUGCCUGUUCACGGUUACCAGGAGCUGGCUUUAGUGAUGAUGACACUCUUAGGCGUGGAAUGCGCCGGUUGGAUACUUGUCCCUUCGUCAGUGAUUCCGUUGAAUCUCCCUGCCAGAUCUGUACUUCUCUAGAUGAGGAUUGUGAGGAUGUCAUUGUGAAAUAUUGCACUGCGUAUUACGAAGAGGAGUACUCGGGAUGUGCUGAAUUCCUUGAUUUGUUCAUCACCUGCGGAUACAAUGUUUUGUCAGAGGUGGGACAAAAUGCCAUUACAAGAGGCAUUGAAGAAGGAAGAGAUGGAAAAGGAAUCAUCUAUGUCUUUGCUGCAGGGAAUGAACACGACGAAUUUGAAGAUGUCAACAUGGAAGGAUGGCUCAACACCAGAUUCACAAUUGUCGUUGGAGCUGUUGGCAAGGAUGGCCUUCACGCUUCGUACUCAACUACUGGUGCUGCCGUCUUUAUAAGUGGCCCAGGAGGUGAUCAUGAAAGCAUACACAACAACAUCGUUGCUACUCCUGGAGGUGGCUGCACCGAUGGUACAGUGGGGACUUCCUUUGCAACACCAUCGGUGGCAGGGGCCAUUGCGUUGGUGCUGUCAACAAAUCCUAACCUUGGUUGGCGUGAUGUUCAGGCGAUAAUAGCAACCACCGCCAAAUUGGUGGACGAAGAACAUCCCAGCUGGGGAAUCAACGGUGCUGGGUUGCGCCACAGCAAUUACUAUGGGUUUGGUCUCUUCGAUACUUUGGCGGCUGUGGAAGCCGCCAAGAUUUGGGAGAACGUUGGACCAGAAAGACAGUUGGUGAUCCAGUCUGGCACUAUCAAACUACCCAUUUAUGAUGAUGCCUCCAUCCCUGCCAAGACGUUUGUAACUGUCGACGAUGGGAACAAUCUCAUUACCGAAUCAGUGUCGGUGUAUCUCCAACUGGCACAUGCCAGCCGAGGAGACCUGGAAAUCGUCCUGACGUCUCCUUCGGGUACUCUGUCCGUGCUACACCCUCCCUUCCGCCCCGAAAAUCAGCAUCUGCCCGAGGAAGAACGGUGGAAAUUGCUCUCGGUGGCGUUCUAUGGGGAAAAUCCCACGGGGCAGUGGUCGUUGACUCUCACUGACAAGUCUCCUGGAAACAAGGCCGACUGCGUGGAUCUUCCAAACUUUGCCGUUUACGUCGGUAGUGAUGAUGACGAUAGUCUUGGUAUUGUGGAUUGUGGAACCAUCGGGGCUUCCGAAUUCUGCGUUGAUGGCGUCGCAUUCAACGAGGAAGGCGUUCGUCUCUUUCAGGAGGAAGACGGUCGCACCGGACUGGAUGCCUGCUGUGUUUGUGGGGGUGGCAUGCCAACUUCAGACAUCAAUGAACUGCUCUCAUGGCGUCUGGUAGUUUAUGGGCAUGGCCAGGGUGGAAGUCUCGUCGGAGAAGCUUUACCAGGAGGUGAAGGAAGUGGAUCAAUCAGCGCCGGGAUGCCUGGGGUUGGGGGCAAUGCAUCGAAUAGCGGCGGCAACAGCACCGGUGGUGAAUCCGGCGAGGUCGUGUAUGACAAUGGAGAGAAUACUGGUAGCGGAGCAGGGUCUUGGAGGACUGUUCUGCCGAAUGGGAUGACUCUGAUAUGCCUACUAGUCCUCCUUAGCGUUGGGACUACUUCUAUUGCGCCAGUGAGACAGUCCAUAGCUUUGUCUCGAGUCAAGCAGCAAUUGGCCGGACGAUGA